AUGUCUGACACUAACCCAAAUGGAAAGCGAUCCGCUGGCGGAGAAUCGCCCAUUGAUGAUCAGGAUGCCGAGUUUAUCGUAGAAAAAAUAGUCGGCAAAAGCUUCCUUAACGGCCGUCCCCACGUCCUUGUCAAAUGGCAGGGCUAUCCAAUCGAGCAGAGCACCUGGGAGCCGCUCGAGGAGAUGGACAAGUGUCUCGAUUUGGUGAGCGACUACGAGCAACAGCUGUUCAAUGAUUGCCAGGAGAAGGCUAAGGCGAAGGUCGAGAAGGAGCUAGCAAAGGACGUGGACCCAAAAGUUGCCACCACUUCUGUGGGAGCCGCUAAGCAGUCCGAGGGAUCCUCUGUCCAGGCCCAGCAGGUGAAGGUCGUAAACGAACAGCCUGAUCCUCUUCUUCCCACCACCUCUUCUGGUGGAUCUCCUACCAAGGUCAUGCCGCAGGGGCUUCCACCAUUUCCUGUCCUAAUAAAGCAAGAGGAUCAGGAAUAUCCCACAAUGUUGUCCGGAAAGAGGAAGCCUGUGGUAUCCUUUACCGAAGAGAAGCAGCUGACAACCGUGGAGGAAGAGGAUCCGGCCCUUGCCGCCACCUCUUCUGGCAGCAACCCUUCCAUGGGAUCUGUUGACCUCGUAAAGCAAGAGGUUCCGGACUACCCCACCCCGAUUUCCUCUUCCCAGGAGAAACAGCAGAAUAUUGUGGAGGAAGGGGAGCAGGGGCUUGCCAUCACCUCCUCUGAAAGCAAGCUGGCAGACACUUCUAUCGCCAAUGCCGUCGUAAAGGAAAAGGAUCAGGAGGCUCCCACCACCUCUUCGAAACGCAAAACGGCUUGGGGAAGCAACCAGCCUUGGAAUGGCAAGAAGAAGGGAAAAGGCGGAAAGAAUAAGGCAAAGUUGGCCAAGACGUCGAAGGCAGCCUCUACUCAGCCGAAGCCGACGACUAUGGACGUUGGAAGCGAUGUGAAUGAGGACCUUCCCACCUCGUCUUCGGUAUCCUUUACCCAGGCAACGCAGCCUACAAAUUCACUGCCUGCCGCGACUGGAAAAGGGGCAAAGCCCAAGAAACUCAAAUUGGCAUCAGUCAAGAAGACAAGCGACGAAACUUUGGGAUCAGCCGCCUCUACCCAGCAGAAGCCGACGAAUAUGGACGUUGGAAGCGAAGUGGAUGAUGACCUUCCCACCUCGUCUUCGGGAUUCAUUACCCAGGCCACGCAGCCUAAAAAUUCGCUGCCUGCUGCGACUGGAAAAGGGGCAAAGACCAAGAAACUAAAAUUGGCAUCAGCCAAUAAUACUAGCGACGAAACUAUAGAAGCAGCAGCACCCCUUCCGUUGGCCGCCAGUGCUGCUUUACCUGAGAAUCCCUUACAGGAUGCAUUGAACGCCCUGCCGAACCUGGAGCAGAUGACGAUUAGGGAUCCAGAUCAGAUCAAAAUUGACCAGCUGCUCGCAGAGCUGGAUGACCGCCUGUCUAGGCCAAUCGCAAACGCCUUUAAUUUGUCCAGGGCACGUGGUAACGGUGGACGUAAUGGCCGUAAUGGACGUGGCGGGCGCAGGGGGGCAGGAAAUCCCUGGAACCAGCCGUACCAGGGUAUCUUUGGCUUGGAUCGCGGUCUGGAGAUGGAAAAAGUCGAGCACAGCUUCAAAAUUCGAGAUCUUCACUUCUUAUUCGUCACCUGGAAGGGCUGCCCCGAAAUGGACACAGUCACUCUUCCGUCUGUCAGGUACUUGUACCCAAAGCUUGUAAUCGACUAUCUGGAGAUGUUGAAGGGCAAACGUCGCUAA